AUGUUCAACACGAAACUCAGCGCUCGGGCGUUCUUGCUCGUCAUCGUCGCCUUGAUUGCCGCUGUGGCACAACCAGCUGAGGCUGGGUGGAAGCACCACAAGAAGCACAUGUGGAAACCGUGCUCGGACGGGUGGUGGGCGCGCGUGCGCGAAGGAAAGAAAGUCAGCGAUGACAAUCGAGCCGUUUUACGAUGCCUCCUUCAUAAUUGUGGUCGAGAAUUGAAGGACUGCGCGCACGAUUCGACGUGCCGCAUGACGACGCGCUGCCUUCGCGACUGCCGCGACGAAGGUCGAGAGUGCGCUCUCGAUUGCCUCAAGAAGUACGAUGGCUUCGAGUCCGACGAAGUUAAAGCACUCGGAAAAUGUGGCAUCUCGAACGAAUGCAUGCGUCAGUCUUGA